AACAGGAUUAUUAAAAUGUUCACAAAAACUGUGACGAAGGAGUGGAGAAUGUGGAUUCCAGAGGCAAUCAGAGUUAAGGAAAUGCCAACAGCUGUGCCUACAUUUUUUUUCAAGUCCUUGUCUUUGAUGGUUCGGUAAUAAUAACCAAAAACUAUUGAGAAAAACAACAAACAUAAAUACACUACAUCGUCAUUAUUCAUUUUUGUUAUCAAUUAAAAAUUAUAUAAUCAUGCUCUGAUUAAGGUUAGGUAUUAUUGUGACAGCUGACACUAAAUUUGCGUAAAUAUUUUUUUUGUCUAUUCAUAAAUGAUAAGAAUUUAAUGUAAAUCACAUUGAUAAGACGUGACGUUAACGUGAUUGCAGAAUUUGUAAUAAAGAACCAAAUUACUUUAAAUGCGUUUUUUAUUUACAUUAUUAAAUCGUUAUAGGUUAUGUCACCAGCAAAAAGUAGGACCGUAUUUUUCGCGUAAUGUGAUAGCGCUCAUGGCCACAAAUCCGGUUAAAAUGAGUGAAUUUUUUGAGGGCACUUUGGACCGUUUCAAGGGCGUGACAGUUAAUUCCGAGACGGAAAACUGCGAUUUCCCCUCUUUAGCAGCUAAAAUAGACAAUUCGCUUAAAAAGUGGCGCGAAAAUGGUUACCGAGGGGUGUGGUUUAAGGUCUAUUUAGACCAAUCGGAUUGGGUCCCGAUUUUAGCAAAGAAAGGUUUUCGCUUCCAUCAAGCCAAAGAUGAUUUCGUUAUGAUGUAUUUAUGGCUCCCUGUUAACGAACUGUGCAAUAUUCCGCCGUACGCCCACACAAUGAUUGGUGUGGGUGCCGUUGUGGUUAAUGACAAAUCUGAAAUUCUUGUAGUUAGUGAAAAAUAUUAUGAAGUGCCUCACUGGAAGCUUCCAGGGGGGUACGUUGAGCCAGGGGAGAAUUUGGUUGAUGCUGCGAUUAGGGAAGUGUGGGAGGAGACUGGGGUUCAAACUGAGUUUCAUUCCGUUUUAACUUUGAGACAUACGCAUUUUGGGAUGUUUGGAUGUUCUGAUAUUUAUACUGUUAUGAGCCUAAAGCCUCUCACUUGGAAUAUCGAGAAAUGCGAGAGGGAGAUUGCCAAGUGCAAGUGGAUGGAUAUUGAGGAGUAUUUAAAUCAUCCAAAUGUCCACGAAUUGAAUAGGUUUUUUGUGCAAAAGUAUUUGGAGUAUCUUAGGAAGAAUUUGAGAAUUGAUUGGCACCAUGGCAUACAUCAGGUUUUGAAAAAGGCCUACACAGUUUAUUUUGUUACAAGCGGAGAUGAAGAGCUGGAAAAAAAUGCUAAAAAAGAUCAAUAAUUUUAUAAAUUUUGUCUAAAGUCAGUUUCAUUUAAUAAACCUACUUCAGUACAGUUGCCAA